CAAAAUCCGUGCGUACGAAAAUUGCGUACGCACGCGAGCGUACGUUCGUUCCUGUUUACACACAGCGAGCGCGACCGCUGGGGACGCCCGCUGCGCCGGUACACCAUCGUGACCCCAUAUUGACCCGCCGCGACCUUUGACAUACCCGGCGCGCCAUUUCCAAAAUGGCGGGAGAACAGGCUCUUUUCCUGUUCUUCAUGCGACAGAUGUUCUUUUUCUUCGUUAUGCGAAUGUACAUGCGGCGCCGGGCACUGGGCAGAAGAAGGAUUGGGCGUCGAAGGGACCGUUACCACGAGAUUCAACGUGCAGCCGUCUUUGCAGCCAUCGCUAUUGCCCAAGCUGGGCAGGUUGAUCGGGCAGUCAGGGAUCGUGACGAGACGAGGACUACAGCAUGGUGGGAUACCGUCGUCUUCCAUCCCGCUUUCGAUGACAAGGAGUGGUACAGACGGUUCAGAAUGACACGGGCUACAUUUCUGCGGAUCUGCGACGAGCUGGAGCCGCGGCUUGUGCGCACAACCACCAGACUGAGAACGCCGAUACCGGUGAGAAAACGGGUAGCAGUGGCCAUAUACUGGUUGGCGUCAGGAGAUCUUUUCAGAACGGUUGCAGACCUUUUCGGCCUCAGUACGGCGUCUGUGUGUAAUCUGGUCCAUGACUUCUGUCAGGUCGUAGUAGAGACCCUUUUGCCGCGAUACAUAUCGUGGCCGAAGGGAGAAGCACUCCGGCAAACAGUUAACGGUUACGAACAGAGGUGGGCCUUCCCCCAGUGUGCAGGAGCGGUGGACGGUACACAUAUUGAAGUUAAGGCACCUUCAGAAGGGCACACGGACUACUUCAACAGGAAGGGGUACCAUUCUGUAGUUCUGCAAGCUGUUGUAGACUUCUGCUAUCGAUUCACUGACAUAAAUGUGGGAUGGCCAGGCUGUGUACAUGAUGCCAGAAUCCUGAGGAACUCCCUUCCAUACAGGUGUGCUGAGAGAGGAACCUUAUUCCCCCCGGAGAUGACACGAGUCAUCAAUGGCGUGCCGGUGCCGGUCAUGAUCCUGGGUGAUCCGGCAUACCCCUUGCUGCCCUGGUUGAUGAAGGGGUAUGCUGACAACGGCCACCUCAGCAGAAGGAAGACUAACUUCAACUUCCGACUGAGCAGUGCAAGGAUGACGGUGGAGUGCGCCUUCGGGCGCCUGAAAGGCCGCUGGAGGUGUCUUGCAAAAAGUCUUGAUGUGGACAUUAGCAAGGUUCCAAAUAUUGUAUCUGCAUGCUGUGUGCUGCACAAUAUCUUAGAGAUGAACAGGGAAGAGUUCGAUCAGGCAUGGUUUAUGCCUGACGAAGAAGUGCCUCAGGCCCCUGUUGUGCAUGGAGAGGCACGCACCCAUGCUGUAAGGGAUGCCCUAGCCGACCUGUUUGCUGCUGAGGACUUGUGAUUUGGUAAACAUCUGUGCCUACAUUAUGAACAAACAGUUUGUAAUGAAAAAUGAUUGGUAGUAGUGUAGUCUGUUGUUGAACAAUGUGAAAAAAUCUAGUGCUUUGAUUUAUUUCACAACAUCUGUGCCUAUAUUUUGAACAAACAGUUUGUAAUGAAAAAUGAUUGGUAGUAGUGUAGUCUGUUGUUGAACAAUGUGAAAAAAUCUAGUGCUUUGAUUUAUUUCACAACAUCUGUGCCUUUAUUUUGAACAAACAGUUUGUAAUGAAAAAUGAUUGGUAGUAGUGUAGUCUGUUGUUGAACAAUGUGAAAAAAUCUAGUGCUUUGAUUUAUUUCACAACAUCUGUGCCUUUAUUUUGAACAAACAGUUUGUAAUGAAAAAUAGUAGUGGCAGGUACAAUAUGUGAAUGGAUUACUAGUAUACUUUGAGAUGUGAUUUGCUUUGUACAUGUACUUGCCAUAAUGUAAUUCUGUUGUAGAAACAAGGUGAAAAAAUCUAAUGCUUUGAUAUAUUUCACGAGUAAACAUCUGUGCAGCAGUAACACUGUGUUUUAUUUUCUCCAAGUAAGAAACAUGUAUAUCAAGUUUAUUGUAGACUGAUAUGUUACAGUGGCAUAGAAGUAAUGAUUGCAUUUGCAAAAAAAAACAUUAUUGCAACAGUAAAGAGUACGUUUCACCCAUAGCACCAAAAAGUUCUAAAACACAAAUCUUUGGCACAAAUAUCUGCAUGGCAAGAUACAUGGCAUAUCCUAGCAAUACUUAUGGUAGUUUACCUGAACUUGAAACAACUACCAUCUACUUGAAACAACUACCAUCUACUUGAAACAACUACCAUCUACUUGAAACAACUACCAUCUACUUGAAACAACUACCAUCUACUUGAAACAUCUCUCUACUUGAAACAAGUAUCUAUUUCAAACUGGAAAACAACUUCUGUGUUCUUAAAACAACUUCUACAGAUCUAAAAAAACAAUCUUAUCAAAGUUUAGAUAUGUGUUAAAAAAGAAAAUAAUGAAGGAGAGGAUAGGUAGGUAUGUUCUUUCCUGAGAAGUCUUCAGACAAGUCUUAGCAUCUUUCCUGAGAAGUAUUCAUACAAGUCUUAGCAUCUUUCCUGAGAAGUCUUCAGACAAGUCUUAGCAUCUUUUCUGAGAAGUCUUCACACAAGUCUCUGGAUUAAAAUACCUGGCAUGAGAAACAACCUCACAGGGCAAAGUAAGUCGGCUUAUCCUCCUCCAGAUGGGACUCUGGCCACUGCUGUUCUGAGUUGCUCAGAGUGGAGGGGAUGGGGGUGCUGGUGCGUGGCCCAGGAAUGGGGGGGAUGGGCGUGCUGGUGCGUGGCCCAGGAAUGGGGGGGAUGGGCGUGCUGGUGCGGGACCCAUGAGUGGACUGGAUGGGCGUGCUGCUGCGGGACCCAUGAGUGGAGGGGAUGGGGCUGCUGGUGCGGGACCCAUGAGUGGAGUGGAUGCUGGUGCUGGGUAUCUGAGAAAUGUUGGGGUGGUUGAGAGGGGUGGAAGGCUGUUGCAGUUGUGUGUAGCGUCCCUGCUGCAUGGAGAUGUUACUGUUGUAAAGGGGUGUUGGGUAGUGGAGAGGUGGGGGAGGUCCACGAGAGGUACUGGCGGUAGGGAAAUGAAGUGUGUUUGUGAACUGCGGCUGCACAUUCAGGUGAGGUCUGGUGUUUUCAGGUGCCUGGAAGGUAGGGGUGGGGUUAGGAGCAGGAUACCUUGGGACGUUGCCAAAGAAAUUGGCCAUAGCAGUCAUGAACUGCCCCAUCAUUUUUAGUUCAUGUUCCUGUUGUAGUUUUAAUAUUUUCAGUUCGUGCGCUGCUCUAGUCUUCUCCGCUUCCGACUCCUCUUUUCUGUUGCCAUCCUGCAGUGAUGCCAUGGUCUUGCCAAGCUCUGACAUUGCUGAUUCCAGCCUGGUCUUUUUCCUUUUGUCUUUGUUUGUU